CCGCUGCUGCCUCUGACGUGGAGCUUCCACUGCUGGCGUUCGGAAGCGCCGAGCGUCGCUGGCGUUUGUGUAGACGUGUCAGCUGCGGAAGAGCCGCUCAUUCGCUCCGCUCUUCAUGAGAACAGCCGCUCUUCUGCGACAUUAGCCGGUGUUUUAGAGUAACGGCGCGGUCUGUGUGCGUCUCUGUGUCCGGAGGAGAUGUUGACCAAGUUCGAGACCAAGUCUGCUCGAGUGAAGGGGCUGAGCUUCCACCCGAAGAGGCCCUGGAUCCUCGCCAGCCUGCACAACGGCGUCAUCCAGCUGUGGGACUAUCGCAUGUGCACCCUCAUCGACAAGUUCGACGAACACGAUGGUCCGGUCAGAGGGAUCGACUUCCACAAACAGCAGCCUCUGUUUGUCUCAGGAGGAGACGACUACAAAAUUAAGGUGUGGAAUUAUAAACUGCGCCGCUGUCUCUUCACCCUGCUGGGUCACCUGGACUACAUCCGCACCACCUUCUUCCACCAUGAGUAUCCCUGGCUCCUCAGUGCCUCCGAUGAUCAGACCAUCCGCAUCUGGAACUGGCAGUCGAGGACGUGUGUGUGUGUUCUGACGGGUCAUAAUCACUACGUGAUGUGCGCUCAGUUCCACCCAUCGGAGGACCUGGUGGUCUCGGCCAGUCUGGAUCAGACUGUGCGAGUGUGGGAUAUUUCCGGUUUGAGGAAGAAGAACCUGUCUCCGGGCGCCGUGGAGACGGAGGUUCGCGGCAUCACUGGAGUGGAUCUGUUCGGGGCGUCAGACGCUGUGGUCAAACACGUGUUGGAGGGUCACGAUCGAGGGGUUAACUGGGCCGCGUUCCACCCCAGCAUGCCCCUCAUAGUGUCGGGAGCUGAUGACCGGCAGGUGAAGAUCUGGAGGAUGAACGAGUCGAAGGCAUGGGAGUUGGACACCUGCAGGGGGCACUACAACAACGUUUCUUGUGCCGUCUUCCAUCCUCGUCAGGAGCUGAUCCUGUCCAACUCCGAGGAUAAGAGCAUCCGUGUAUGGGACAUGUCCAAACGCACCGGAGUGCAGACCUUCCGCAGAGACCAUGACCGCUUCUGGGUGCUCGGAGCUCACCCCAACCUCAACCUGUUCGCUGCAGGUCAUGACAGCGGGAUGCUGGUGUUUAAGCUGGAGCGUGAGCGUCCUGCGUACGCCGUCUACGGGAACAUGCUUUACUACGUGAAAGAUCGCUUUCUGCGCCAGCUCGACUUCAACAGCAGCAAAGACACCGCCGUCAUGCAGCUGCGCAGCGGCUCCAAGUUCCCCGUGUUCAGCAUGUCCUACAACCCUGCGGAGAACGCCGUCCUGCUCUGCACUAGAGCCACUAAUCUGGAGAACAGCACGUAUGACCUGUACUCCAUCCCCCGUGACAGCGACUCUCAGAACCCUGAUGCUCCGGAGGGGAAGCGCUCCUCGGGACUGACCGCGGUUUGGGUGGCCAGGAACCGCUUUGCCGUUCUGGACCGCAUGCACUCGCUGCUGAUAAAGAACCUGAAGAACGAGAUCGUGAAGAAGGUGCAGGUUCCGAGCUGUGAGGAGAUCUUCUACGCUGGAACGGGUUCUCUGUUGCUGCGGGACGCUGAUGGAGUCACGCUGUUCGACGUCCAGCAGAAGCGAUCGCUCGCCACCGUUAAGAUCGCCAAAGUCAAAUACGUGGUGUGGAGCGCAGACACCAGCCACGUCGCCCUGCUGGCCAAACACGCCAUCAUGAUCUGUAACAGGAAGCUGGAGAGUCUGUGUAACAUCCAUGAGAACAUCCGUGUGAAGAGCGGGGCGUGGGAUGAGAGCGGAGUGUUCAUCUACACCACCUCCAACCACAUCAAAUACGCUCUGACCUCUGGUGAUCACGGUAUAAUCCGCACGCUGGACCUGCCCAUCUAUGUGACGCGUGUGAGGGGGAACAGCGUGUACUGUCUGGACCGCGAGUGCCGACCCCGCGUCCUCAACAUUGACCCCACGGAGUACCGCUUUAAACUGGCCCUCGUCAACCGCAAGUACGAGGAGGUGCUGCACAUGGUGCGUAACGCUAAGCUGGUGGGCCAGUCCAUCAUCGCGUACCUGCAGAAGAAGGGCUACCCAGAGGUGGCGCUGCACUUCGUGAAGGACGAGAAGACUCGCUUCAGCCUGGCUCUGGAGUGCGGCAACAUCGAGGUGGCGCUGGAAGCUGCGAAGGCCCUGGAUGAGCGGAGCUGCUGGGAGCGUCUGGGCGAGGCUGCGCUGCUGCAGGGUCACCACCAGGUGGUGGAGAUGUGCUACCAGAGAACCAAGAACUUUGACAAGCUCACCUUCCUGUACCUGAUCACUGGGAACCUGGCCAAGCUGAGGAAGAUGAUGAAGAUCGCUGAGAUCAGGAAGGAUAUGAGUGGUCACUAUCAGGCCGCUCUGUACCUGGGAGACGUCAGUGAGAGAGUGCGCAUCCUCAAAAACUGCGGGCAGAAGUCUCUGGCGUAUCUGACCGCUGCCACUCACGGCAUGGACGAGGAGGCCGAGGCUCUGAAGGAGACCUUUGACCUGGAGAAGGAGAUGAUCCCAGAGGUGGACACGAACGCCCAGCUGCUGCAGCCUCCUCCCCCCAUCAACCCGCUGGACACUAACUGGCCCCUGCUGACCGUCUCCAAGGGCUUCUUCGAGGGAGCCAUCGCGGCCAAGGGAAGGGCCGGUCAGAUGGCAGCUGAUCUGGACAUGGACACUCCUGGAGGAGAAGGUUGGGGAGAGGAUGCUGAACUUCACCUGGAUGAUGAUGGUUUUAUGGAUGCUCAGGAGGGUCUGGGUGAUGAAGGCGGUGUGGGGAAGGAAGAGGGAGGAGGCUGGGAGGUGGAGGAGGACCUGGACCUGCCCCCAGAACUGGACGUGCCUGCUGGUGCCGGGGGAGGAGCUGAAGGAGAAGGCUUCUUUGUCCCGCCCACUAAAGGUGUUAGCCCCGCCCAGAUGUGGUGUAAUAACUCCCAGCUGCCUGUUGACCACCUGCUCGCCGGAUCCUUCGAGACUUCCAUGAGGUUACUCCAUGAUCAGGUGGGUGUGGUCCAGUUUGGUCCAUAUAAGCAGCUGUUCCUGCAGACUUUCUCCCGUGGCAGGACGUGUUACCUGGGGCUGCCGUCGCUGCCCUGCCUGCAGGGUCACCCUCAGAGGAACUGGAAGGACAGCGGGCUGAAGGCCGGUCUGCCCGCGGUGGGCCUGCGCCUCGCUGACCUUAUCGCCCGCCUGCAGCAGUGCUACCAGAUGACCACAGCUGGACGCUUUGAGGAGGCUGUGGAGCGCUUCAGAGUGAUUCUCCUGUCAGUGCCUCUGCUGGUGGUGGACAACAAACAGGAGAUCGCAGAGGCUCAGCAGUUGAUCACUAUCUGCAGAGAGUACAUAGUGGGUCUCACGAUGGAAACAGAGCGGAAGAAGCUGCCCAAAGACACUCUGGAGCAGCAGAAGAGGCUGUGUGAGAUGGCGGCGUACUUCACCCACUGUAACCUACAGCCUGUGCACAUGGUGCUGGUGUUGCGCACGGCGCUCAAUCUGUUCUUCAAACUCAAAAACUUUAAAACAGCCGCAGGAUUCGCGCGACGCCUCCUCGAGCUCGGACCCAAACCCGAAGUAGCACAGCAGACGCGUAAGAUCUUGGCAGCGUGUGAGAAGACGCUGACCGACGCCCACCAGCUGAACUACGACCCCCAUAACCCCUUUGACCUCUGCGCAGCCUCUUUCACCCCCCUGUACCGCGGUCGGCCCGUGGAGAAGUGCCCGCUGUCCGGCGCCUGCUACUGCCCCACCUACAAAGGCCAGGUCUGCAGGGUCACACAGGUAACAGAGAUCGGUAAGGAGGUGAUCGGUCUGCGGAUCAGCCCCCUGCAGUUCCGCUGAAGAGCCGAGGAUCUCCAGCUGCAUCACAUCGCUUUCCUACACGGAGAACUACAGCUUAUAAGCGAAAAGUGAAUAGAAAUAACCUGGUCUGUGUUUCUGUUAUUGUUCUUGUGCUGAAUCACUGGCGCCCUGCGCUCCUCUGUGUAAUAUUCACACAGUGCUUUAUAUUUCAUAGUCUGUCCUGUUUAACUCCUGAAAUCCUGAAAUAAAGCUCCUGAAAUCCUGAAAUAAAGCUCCUGAAACGA